AUGAGGCAUCUUAGCGAACCAUUGUUCGAAAAAGACUUCCUUUCACAGUUGCCAGAGGAGAUUGCUUGUCGUAUCAUCGCCUACUUGACACCGUGCGAUUUGAUGACUUGUGCUGGCGUUUCGCGGGCGUGGCGGCGGCUUUGUGAAGAUGAUCGGACGUGGCGACAGGAAUGUUUGGAGAGAGGAUAUGUGAAAUUUGACGCACCAAGUUUUUGUUUUCUCGGAGGUUGGGCGACGAAUCGAGCAAAUGAGCAAGGGGGAAUCGCAAUCUCCUCACAUAUGACCUUUCAGGAAGCACGUCAAAAUCGACGAGAACGCGAGAUCGCAUAUGGAAAAUGUUAUGAGCGAUCAUCAUGGAAGUCACUGUACUUGCGGAAGAAGCGAAUCAUUUCAAACUGGCGAUCCCGAGCGAUUCAAUCAAGCACUGUCCAAAAGGUCUAUAAAGGGAUCUUUCGUCUACAAGUUCACUCUGGUCGUAUUAUUACUGGUUCUGCUGAUAAUACGUUGCGGGUCUGGAAUGUUGAUGAUACUCAGCCGGCUUUCACUCUAACUGGCCAUAUGGGUCGUAUUUUGACAUUUCAAAUGAGCGAUGAUGGCAAAUACAUUAUCAGUGGCUCGGCUGAUCAAACGGUGCGCGUUUGGUGUGGUCAAACCGGUUUCCAGCGUGAUGUUCUACAGGGGCAUACGGGUACUGUUAACUGCAUAAGUCUACAUGGAACAACUCUUGUUUCUGGAUCGGGCGAUCAAACGCUCCGUGUAUGGGACAUUUGGGACAUUCGUGACGGUGGCUCGUUCACUCAUCGUUUACAAGAGGCAAAUCGUCGCACGUCGAACGUCACUUCAUUGCAAUUGCUUGACUCCGGACUUUUGGUGACAGGUUCGAUGGAUGGCUUGGUCAUGCUGUGGGAUGUGGAUAAAGGUAUCUUCGUUCGUGAUCUCGUUCGUCUUGCAUCGUGUGGAUAUGGCGGUUACAAUUGGCUUCUCAAAGCGACUGAAACAUUGCUCGUGGGUGCAUUUGAAGCGAGAUUGGCAGAGAGCACAAAUCUCAUCUUCAUCGAUUUUGACGCAGCGUAUCCG